UUGGUAGCCGUUUAGCAAGCAUCUCUUCGAAAGAACCGAGACAAAUCUAGUCAAAGCACACUUGCGAAUAAUGGGUUCACCUAUGAGACGCAGAUGGAUGUCGUCUAUUACUGUUUUUUUUUGCGUCCUGAAACGCAUCAGUUGCCAGACGGACUCGGAAUUCAGGAUGGAGAACCCCGAUUUCGGAGUGCCUAGCUGCGACGACGCGAGCAGCAUGGCGCUGCUUCCAGACAAGCAUUUUGGAUCAAACUGCGGGGACAAGAAUGAGCUCCCUCAGCUUACUUGGAAUGAUGCUCCGUUCGAUACUGGUUCCUUUGCCGUACUGGUGACGGAUACGUCGUCGAACAGAAUGCCUUUUGCACAUCUCAUCGCGUGGGACAUUCCUGUAGCUGUUACCAGCGUGGGACCGCAAACAAAUUUCUCCUCUAUCGGCGCAGUCAGCGGCACUAACGACACUGGCGAGAAUGGGUAUAGCGGCCCAUGCCCAGACAAACAAGCUUGUGUCAAAAUUUCUGUAUACGCCUUAAGGCCGUCAACUCUAGGGCUAUCAAGCUCGGCAACCUACAAGGAGUUGCACAAGAAGCUAUUAGAACUCUCCGCGAACGGAGGUAAGGAUCGCGAUCCACGCCAAUUCGUUCAAUGUAAAAAAGCACACUCCGUUCUAAACUGGAUGCAGAUCUCGUGGACAUUGCCAGCGUUUACUCAGUCGCAGUGCCUCAUCAGCACGAUACGUUGCGGACCCAGGCGUGAAACUGAGAGGCUGUCAUGUCAACGUGGGUGGGAAAUUAAGCGUUAUGGACUCAAGAUCCUGUUGGCGUUCCUCACGAACUCCGUUGCCGGAACUAACAGUCUAGCCACUAGCCGCGCUUUCAUUCUGCCACGGGCGGAACAUACCCAAAAUGACCCCAUUAACUAG